AAAAAAAAAAAAAAAAACCUAACAUAAGGCAAACUACUUAUCACUCGCAUAUACAUUAUCUUUUGAAGAUUCAUUCAACAUACCAAAGGUUAAAAUUUGUAAACUUGGAUAUAAACCUAUUACUCAUAAAACUUUACAGAAUAAUAAUAUAUACAUAGGAGUACAUCAUUCAUUAAUUUUAGAUAGAUACACGCUCAUGAUAUAGGUUCAUGCUAUAUGGUAUAUCAUCAGAUCUUUAGUCAUUAAAAUACAUGAAUUACAGGUACGCACUUUCUUUUCUUCCUCAAACCAACUUGCUUUUCGGCUCAAGAUGGGUUUUAGGAUUAGGGAAAUAAGGAAGAAACUAGUUACUAUUUCCAGUGACAGAUACUUCCUUCAUUUAGAAGUUCGUCGUGAAGAUAAUCAGGCGGUCUCUGCUAGGAGAGGGAGAGAAACUCAUUCAUUUCUCCGUCAAGAAGAGGUUAUUGGUAGGGAUGAGGAAAGAGAGGAAAUUGUUAAGCUUUUAUUGGAACAAGGUGAAUUGGAAGAGAAUGUCUCCGUCAUUCCCAUCGUGGGCAUGGGAGGGCUUGGAAAAACCACACUUGCUCAAACUGCUUUCAAUGAGGAGACGGUCCAACAACAUUUUGAGCUAAAGAUGUGGGUGUGUGUUUCUGAUGAUUUUGACUUGAAGUUAAUUCUUCAACAAAUUAUCAAGUCUGCAACUAAUAAUAACAACUUGGGAGCUAUUGAUUCAAUGGAUCAAUUACAAAAGGAGCUUCAGAACGUACUUAAUGGAAAGAGGUAUCUCCUUGUGCUAGAUGAUGUGUGGGAGGAAAAACGUGAAGAAUGGUUAAGGCUUAAAGUCUUGUUAUUAAGUGGAUCACGUGGGAGUAGAAUUGUAGUAACAACUCAGAGUAAAAAGGUGGCCGAGAUUACAAGAUCGGUCCAGCCAUACCAAUUAGGGAUCUUAGAUAAAGAAAAAUCUUGGUCUCUGUUUGAAAAGAUGGCUUUUAAAGAAAAAGAAGAGGAGAGAGACCCCAAGAUUGUGGAUAUUGGGAGGCAGAUUGCGGAAAGGUGUGGAGGAGUUCCUCUCGCGAUAAGAGCUAUAGGAGGCAUGUUGUAUUCCAAAAGUUCAGAAUCAGAGUGAUUGUCCUUUUAUAAGGGAUUUUCAGGAAUAUCACGAGAAAAAGAAGAUGACAUUUUAUCAACGCUCAAAUUGAG